AACGCUGCGGACCAACUUCUGACUGUCUGACAAUCGCCGUCGUCGUGUGCCGUCGAGAAGCAAAGAUUAUGCAGUAGUAGUUCUAGAGCAAGAAGAAACAGACGGAAAACAGAGUUUAGUCUCGGAAUCGAGUGAAAAAUUUUGCACAAAAUCACAACAGAAGACUAUGAUGUCCUUCUUGGUAAAAAUAGCUGCGUUACAGCCGUGGCAGUGAUCGGAGUGGGUGGAUUUUGCCAGCAAUUGGUCAGUGCAUGAUCGAAGAAUCGUGGCAGCAAAGUAGUUUGGUGGCGAUGGAAAAAAUUCGGUGUGUAAAUAAGUAUCAAAUUUGAUGAGUAUUGUCUCGUUUCGCGACGCAGCUAGGUUUCAGCGACUAGAAAUACUGAAUGAAGCUUGGAGGAAAAUAUUUUAGUGAAAAUGCAAGUUUUUUUUCAUAUAGAUAUAGAACAUAAAGCAAUAACAUUUCGGAAACUCGUGCGACGUGGAGUAGGGGCGAACAACCUGACUGGCGAAAAAGUGUUCCAGCUCAGAUUGUGUCUGGAUGGGAUUUGGUAGCAGAUUAGCAUCAAUCCGAGUGUUUGCAUAAAAUGUGUUUUCCUAGAUGAGGCGAAGAAGACGUUCCGAGUCGUGUUUCCUGUUUUUGUUCAGUCUGAUCGUCCGGAGAUCACAAAGCGCAGCGUACUCAAUUGGUAGUGCAUGUGUCGCUGCUUGUCCGUGAGGCCCUAGUAGAGAUACGGACGCUGACGAGUGUGUUGUUCGUCGUCAGGCCGCCAAUGUCGCGCCGAGGCAAGGCAUACCCAGUUGCUUCCGACUGUAGCCCCUUGUUUGAUUUCGAGGCCAGCAGACAGCUGUGAGAUAUCUAUAAUAUCUUUAUAAGUAGCACGGUCACCCGCAUCAUCAUCACUCUGAUGGGAUAGAGCAAGGCAGUAUUUGAGUUUGAAGCAAACGACGAAAAAAAAAUAAAGGAAUUCGAAGUCACCAGUAAAUCUUCAGCAUGGAUUGGAUAAUCAACGACGAGCUGGGGUUGACCGUUGGCCACGUCGUUGGUUACGUGUCGGCCUCUUUCAUGGUCGUCGGUGGUGUGCUGCCGUACAUUCCGCAGUACAAACAGAUCAAGCAGACCCAGGAUGCUGAGGGAUUCUCGCUGCAUGUGUGCCUGGCGCUACUCAUAGCCAACAGUUUGAGGAUUCUGUUCUGGUUUUCCAGUCGGUUCGAGAUUCCCCUGUUGGUGCAGAGUGUCGUCAUGAACAUAACCAUGUUCAUAAUGAUCCACCUGUGUGUGACCGUGCGGCGUAACAAUGCCAUCAUGCGAACCAGGGAGCGAGUAUUCUCAGGAGAUGAAACGCUACUGGGGACCCGAGAUUCUAUUAAUAGAGCCAUCGAUGAGCACGCUAAAAGCACAAGCGUAGUAAGCAAUCGAGCAGGAGUCCCGUCCGGAGUAGUUCUAGCUGGCUGUGGUUCUGGACUGACAGCAGAAGGAGUUGGUAAAUUGGCCAACAGCACCACCAUCGGUAUUGGAUCCGUUUCGCCCGUCGUUGUACCCGCAGCGGGUGGUUCGGGACUGCUGAAGAAAUCCCGAUCUCGCCACUACAUUAUCGAUUUCGAUUCACGCUACUUCUGGAACUGGACGGACUUUCAGUCCUAUUUGGACUUUAUGCUAGUGGUUUGGGUUGUCGGAGCGGCCAUCACCUAUCUGUUGCUGUCCGUGACCUGGUUCAUGGAAACCAUCGGCUUCUUUGCCGUCUUCACCGAGGCUAUGCUGGGUGCACCCCAGUUUCUCAGGAACUAUAAGAAUAAAUCCACGCACGGUAUGAGCAUCUGCAUGGUAAUCAUGUGGACUGCCGGUGAUAUGUUCAAGACUGGUUACUUUAUCUUUAGGCACGCGCCGACGCAAUUCUGGAUCUGCGGUACGCUGCAGGUUAGCCUAGAUCUUGCCAUCCUGCUGCAGGUGUACAUUUAUCGAAAGAAUCCGCCGCGUAGCAGCCACCGCGGUGACUAGCAGUUUGCCCCCCAAAAUAUUCAAAAUGGCAACGGUACCCAUAACAACAUCAACAGCGCUGGCAAUCAUUUCAACAGUACCAACAUCAUCAAAACCAACAGCUGCACACAAACGGUACCCUAUCCGGGCGCACACCCCGGCCAGCAUCGUUCCGGCACAAUCCUGGGUAGCUCCCGGGUGAAGGUAGCCUACUCGUCUUCCCCAGCAGCUUCCUCUUUUUACAGUUCAGCAAUUAGCCCUGGUCCCGUUCCAACCGACUGUUCACUAUCCCUCCGAUCGGCCGUGACGCCUCACCGGCAUCGGCUUGCUUCACGCUUCCAACACUCCAAAUCGCAUUCGAUCUCCGGUUCACGAGAGGCUACUCCGGUGCGGAUUGCCGAUGGUACCUGCCAGCGGUGGGCCAAUUCGGAAAAGUUUGACCGCCAAAAGACUGCCUCGCUGCCUUUACCCAAGCGAAGACAGCUAAGUUUGAUGAGUGCCAAUUCCGCAGACGUGUCCAAUGAUGAAGUUGUCGUUGGUGCUGAGUUGGAAAACACUGUCGUGAGAGGAAAAGCACGCGGGAACGUGCUGAACGAAGACGUGUUCAAUUACAGCGGAGCUGCGGACAACUGUUCGUUCGUCACAAUCACCGGAAAUGCUUUCCACAAUCGUCGAGAUUCCAAUUGUACAUUAAAUAGCAAUAGUUACAAGGAGCAGUACAUUCUAGGUAAUAACUAUAACAAUAACAUCAACCGGCACAGUCGGGAGCACUACGAUUCGAUGCUUAUACCAGUGUCGUUGAGGUGCAAGAGAGGGCCCUCGGAUGAAGUGGGUGAUAUUGAUGACUACAACAUAACACCCGGUAAGCUGUCAGAAGAUAAUGAAUCCUUUAGUGAAGAGCCAGAACCACACCAUUAUGGGACGAAUUCUAAAUCUCUGGAGGAUAUCUUAUGACAACACGCAGCACUGGUCUUUUGGCCAGUGCUGGAGUGGGAGCAGAUUGUAGAACUCCAGGGUGAGCAAUCAAAACGGCAACAACAGUCGGCAACGUCGACCAUAUCAAACAAUGAAUCUCGUACGAUGCGGUCAGUCGAGACGCAAACCGAACUGCUCGAAUGCAGUGGAGAUGAGGAAGCAAGUAGCGAAGGUGCUGUCAGUGUAGCAAACGAUGAGGUUGAAGAUCAUCAUUCUUCGGAUGCUAACGGUGGGUGCGAAGAUGAAAAGGAUGGCAAAGAUGACGAGGAAGAGUACGAAGAUAUUCUUGGGGAGGAAAUGAAGUUGAGAAACAUCAAAAGACUUAACUGUAGCAAUUUGUUCAAUUUCAACAAGCUGGAACUUUUAAAUGAACGCUGCUCGGUGGUCACAGUUGGGAAACAAAUUACCGACAGCAGUCGGAAUCUGUGCGAACAUGAACUGCACGUGGCGAUCGAUGAGGAUCUGGAAGCUGCUGGACACCGAACCGUCGUCGUGACAACAGUGACAGCAGGAGAGGGAAAACGGACUUUGGAAGAUGCUGCCAGCCAGAGCUCAGUUAUCUUCAUUCAAGAGAGUCCGGAAGUGAUAUUAUAGCAGUGGCAUUUCUCUUUUUAUUUUAGAAUCGUUAUUUAUUUGUAGGUAAGGUAGAAAGAGAAAUAUUAUUGUUAGCAACUUUGACCCCUAUCUCCCUGCAGUAGUGGACGAUCCAAGAUUGAAUCGAAAGUGCUAGCAUAGAAGUGAUCUAUUUUUGUACCAAAAAGCAACAAAGAUUAACAAAACCUAGUAGAUCUAUUAAACAGCAACACAAUUAAACCUACAACAAAACAAACGCUUCAACACGGUGUUGGUUUCCUUUCCCAAAGGGUUUAGCUUCAUAAAUCUCUUAACACGCCGAAUCCACUUCAUACUCAUCUACACCCACACGCAUCUCCAUACAUGAACAAGUCAGCUGUUCCAUAGAAACGAAAACAAUGCCAUUAGCAAUAUUUUGGGGGGUCUCCACAAUUUACCAUACUUUCAUCUAGGUUAACGGAAAAUGGUCUAACAAAUCUGAUUUUGGCAAGACUUUUCGCCUGGACGAAUAAGCCUUCAACUACGCUUUCUGACGAAUUAACAAAACUGAGAAUAUGAAUUUCUAUUUUUCUAAAGACAGGUAAACCACUACAUUUAACUGAAUUACUCCGUUCAGUCUAGUCUGUAAUUAGUUCAGCGAACUUAAGUAAUUGUUUAUAGACCAAAAUUAAACCUAUAAUGUAAGCCGGGAAAAAAUCGUUUCACUGCUAAUUUAUGUGUAUUUUCGACAUAAUUCAACUUAAGUUCAAACUUUCAAAAAAAAGUUCUAAAUGACCAAAAACUAACACUAUAUGCGAAACCGUUAAGAAGUCGAUUGUAUUACAGGAACUGUAGGGCCGAAAUUCGAUGUCCGAUGCUAUUAAGAAUUUCAAGUACUUCAAGUCAUCCAUGCAAGCUUCGACAGUUUGAGCAAAAGCAUUUAUUAGGGAAUUUGUUUCGGCGCUUUAAAAAGUAUAUAGUAUUGUCAGGCAGAAAUAUCAAAACAAGUGCUUCGGGAUGAAUUUACUACUACUGCUUCCAUUGAAUGAACCUAUUUUUGCUUUUCAGUUUCGUCGUUUUAGGCGAACUAUUUUGUGUCCGAAUACAGUUUAUUUAAAUCGAUCACGGAUUGCACGUACUAUUUAGCAACUGAAAAUGCUUCCAAGCCAGUCACCGAUGAGAUUCCGAUUGCACUAUUUAUUGUAACAACCUACCAGUAAGUUAGUUAUUCGAUUUAUCGAUGCACCAAAAUAAAAUAAUGAAAAAUAUAUAGAAAACAAAACCACGCAAAUCAUGCAAACAAUAGUUGAAAUAAAAAUCGUAUUGUAGGAGAAAAAACAAGUAAAUAAAUAUAUCAGAAAACUUAAAACAACAAGUGUAUAAAAACAAGCAUUUCCCUCUGGCGAAACUUAGAGCCAUUGCAAGUAAAGUGCUAGGCUUACGUAUAAACCAACAAACCCACAUACUCAACAAGUUUGAAAUGAACAAAGACAAAACAAUCUGCAAAAGUGCCAUCUGGUGGACAUACAAUGAAUCGAUUCGACUGUCCCAUUUUGUUAGCAAUGCUUUUUGAAAGCCAUCUGUUAGCUGUUUGCGUGUUCAAAUGAAACGAAAACGCUAGUUUCACACCAACUAUAGGAUGUAUCAGAUGUGAAAGACUCAGUUGUUUCGUGUGUAUGAGUAAAUGUGUUUUAUUUAUCUAUUUACUAGAUUGUUUUUGUUUGAUUCUUUCAAGCUUGAACAAAGCGAGUAACUAUAGAAGUGUCAGAGUCGACUUAUAGUAAAGUUAAACAAAUAUAUUUUAGGGAAGAAUUUAAUGCAACAAGGAACGAUAAGUGUGUCGAGAAGUUAUGUGAAAAUUACCACUAGAAGCAGGAAAGCUGUGUAAGUUAAUAGUAGCAAGAAGGGAGACAAAAUGAAGAAGAAGCAACGUUUGGGAAGAGUUUUAUUUUACAGAUUAGAUGACUAAUCACCUCUCAACUUAAGAAAAUAUAGACGACUAAAAGUGGCACAAAGCA